UAAGUACUUUAUGAUUCGGUAAAUCUAUUAUAGCAUGCUUAUCACAUAUCACCGUUUAUAUAUCAUGUAUUCGUAAUCAUUGUUUUGUAGAAUCACUUCUGCAUCGUUAUCGUAAUAAAAUAAACAAUACGAGCAUCGAGGAGUCUUUCUUCAUGCAGAAGUGAUUUAACCACGCCACAAAGUAAAUAUGGUCAUAAUAAGUUGCUCUGUCCCAUCGUGUGACUUCAAGACAGACGAUCUAUCAGAACAAUUGGUAAUCGCCGUUCUAAAGAACCACGAUCUAGCACAUCGAACAAGUCAAACGACGUCCGCUGAACCAGCUCCAACGCCAAGCUUACGUGCCCCAUCGCUUGAUCGACCAAAAAUAGAUGUCGGUAUAUCAACUGAGGAAUGGAACAUUUUUGUAAGGAGAUGGAAUGUCUUCCGCACUGGCUCAGCCAUCAGCGAGGCCACAGCACCGGCCCAGCUGUUCCAGUGCGCGGGUCCCCAAUUGGGAGAUAACAUCCUCAAAACGAACCCAACCGCCACCUCUGGCACCUUAGAGCAGUUACUAGACACGAUGCACUCCCUAGCAGUCAUUCCCGUGGCKACCGGUGUAUUGAGAACUGAACUACUACAGCUUCGACAAGAGCGCRACGAACCAUUUCGCUCCUUUGCCGCAAGAGUCAGAGGAAAGGCAGAAACAUGUGAAUUCUCYUCAAAAUGCGAAUGUGGGAAAAACGUAGACUACACGCCUCACAUGUCACGUGACGUCCUUCUAAAUGGGAUCGCAGACCCAGAUAUCCGSCGCGAGAUCCUGGGGACAACAAACAUAAUCCAAACACCAGUGAAUGAGGUGAUCUCACUAGUAGAGAGCAAAGAAAAGGCCCGCAACGCGUUACCAUUGUCUAGCCUAUCAGCCAUGUCAUCCUUCCGUCGCCAACAAAACCCAYGACAUGAAAGCCUGGCAGCCACACCACCACCGGUACCGUCUUCUACAGACCAGUCYAAAGAGGCUACAUGUCCAGACUGCCAACAAAGGUUUAAGAUAUACACGGUAGGAGCAAGGGGCUGGAACACCAAGCCCCAUCAGGUCUGCAUCACCUGCUAUCGAAAYCGUCGCYGCAACAAACGCCMACGAGGGACAACCCCAGCCUCGACCUCCGCAGUCUACGCCAGSGAAGACCCCGAACAGAUCKCCCAGAUAGCGGGAUUCCAUCAGCAUCCUGCCCGCCCUACASAACCAAAGCGUYRACAAAAGAGACGGCSAAGKGCGACACACGGCUCCUCCAAUAACCACGUGCCAAUUGCACUCGACCAUCACAUCUUCUCAAAGGGUGAAUGGCGACGGGCACGCCUCCGAGCUCAUCCCACGAUCAGCAUAAGGAUCAAUGUCGACUCCCCAGCGACAGAUACCAGCAGCAGCCAAGGUAAUAUGAACAUACCUCAAGCGGAAGUAUCAGCCGUCGCCGACACCGGAGCACAGUCAGACUUAUGGUCCCUAACAGACUUCCUGGCCAGCGGAUUUUCUCGAGACAUGCUAACCCCCGUCAGCCUCAGCCUAUCGGCAGCCAACCGUUCACCAAUCCCCAUAGAGGGUGCGUUCUUCGCAAAACUAACCAGCAGGAACACUACCGGAAGAGACGUGACAUGCCGUUCUAUGGUAUAUGUUAGUAGCGCAGUCAACACUAUGUACCUGUCGUGUGAAACGCUAUUCAACCUAGCGAUCUUACCACAGGACUUCCCAACAGGCGCUUGCAGCUCUCAUGUCAAUUCAACAAGCCAAAACACAGACACAGGCAGCCACACCUCAGAGGACGCAUGCUCAUGCCCUCGAAGAUCAACUGUCCCCAGCCGCCCUCAGGAACUGCCUUUCCCAUGCACACCUGCAAACAACGGAAAGAUGAAAGCAUGGCUCCUGGACAGAUAUGCCUCAUCCACUUUCAACACAUGCCCGCAUCAAACCCUGCCAUGUAUGGAGGGACCAGAAAUAGAGAUCCACGUUGACCCCAGCGCAACUCCAAAGGCCUGUCACACUGCAGCUACCAUACCCAUGCACUGGCAGCAACAGGUGUACAACGACCUCGUUCGCGACGAAGCUCUCGGUGUUAUCGAAAGAGUGCCAUAUGGCGAACCUGUCACAUGGUGCCACAGGAUGGUAAUACAAAGAAAACAUGAUGGUUCACCUCGCCGCACUGUCGACCUGUCACCACUGAAUAAAUUCUGCCAACGUGAAACCUUUGCCACCGAAUCGCCAUUCCACCUUGCACGCCGGGUACCCAAAGACAGUUGGAAAACGGUCACCGAUGCCUGGAAUGGCUACCACAGUGUCCCUCUACGGCAAUCUGACCGCCAUCUAACAACGUUCAUCACACCCUUUGGGCGCUGGCGCUACACAAGAGCACCACAGGGGUUCCUCUCCUCUGGUGACGGAUACAACCGCCGCUUCGAUGCCAUCCUCUCAAGCUUCGAUCGCAAGGAACGCUGUGUUGAUGACUUGAUACACUACGAUGAUACACUGGAACAGCACUGGUGGAGGACAAUCGACCUGCUGUCACACCUGGGCCAAGCCGGAGUCGUAUUGAACUCAGAAAAGUUCCAAUUUGCCAGCAAAUGCGUUGACUUUGCAGGCUUCAGGAUCUCUGACUCUACAAUCGAACCGCUACCAAAGUACCUAGACGCCAUUCGGGACUUCCCCUCACCCUCUUCUACAACAGACAUCAGAAGUUGGUUUGGCCUCGUGAACCAGGUAGCAAAUUACGCACAACUGCGCGACACAAUGUCCCCAUUCAAGCCAUUUCUCAGCCCUCGGUGCAAGUUCUCAUGGUCUGCAGAACUUGAAAACGCAUUCCAAGAAUCUAAACAAGCCAUUGUCAAUGCCAUCCGCCACGGGGUCGAGAUAUUCGACAUCCAGCGUCGAACAUGCCUCCGCCCUGACUGGUCAAAACGUGGCAUUGGGUAUUUCUUACUCCAGCAACACUGCGACUGCCCSUCAGGAAUACCCGACUGCUGCCCAGGAGGGUGGAGGAUCACCUUAGCGGGCUCACGCUUCCUCUCYCCUGCAGAGCAACGCUAUGCAGCCAUCGAAGGUGAAGCACUCGCCGUCGCUUGGGGCCUCGAGCAGACCCGCUACUUUACACAAGGAUGUGACAACCUCGUAGUAGUAACUGACCACAGGCCACUCACCAAAAUCCUUGGCGACCGCACGCUCGAUGAGAUAUCUAACUCACGACUCUUCCGACUCAAACAGCGAACGCUUCCAUGGCGCUUUGACAUCAUGCACCUACCAGGCAAGCUAAACUACGCAGCUGACGCCACCUCACGACACCCAUCGYCAUCAGAGUCAUACAGCUCACCAGACAAGCAGGAGGCGGCGUUGAUGGCCUCAAUCCGCAGYGAAGCCACACAACUCGGCAUGAUCUCCUGGGCGCACAUAGCACAACAAACGGCCAACGACUCGACACUCAGCCGCCUGYUAAACAYCAUCGAGCAGGGUCAACAAGCGUCCUAUCAAACCGAUCCCGAGCUUGCAGCCUUCUGGCCACUACGCGAGUCCCUUUAUGUGGAACAUGGUGCUGUCAUGUACCAGGACCGGGUUGUAAUCCCAACAUCCCUUCGCCCAAAUGUCUUACAGCACCUCCACGCAGCCCACCAGGGAACCUCAACAAUGGAACAACGUGCGCGCAUGAUCGUCUACUGGCCUGGUAUGACAAAAGACAUACGGUCUACCAGGGACAGAUGCGUCGAUUGUAACAGAAACGCGCCAUCACAGACGUCACCACCGCCGAUACCAUCACCACCACCCUCAACCCCAUUCGAAGCAGUGUUCGCAGACUUCUUUACACACGGAGGACAACACUACCUCGUGGUGGGAGAUCGUCUAUCAGGCUGGGUUGAGAUAUUCGGUUCCCCGUCCAGCACCAACCUAGCAGGGGCCAAUGGCUUGAUCCGCCAUCUGCGGUCAUUCUUCGCCACCUUUGGGGUACCAGAAGAAAUUUCUAGUGAUGGGGGUCCAGAGUUUACAGCUGCCUGCACGGAAGCCUUCCUACGCCACUGGGGAAUACAGCACCGCCUUUCAUCUGCACACUUCCCACAGUCCAACGGCAGAGCGGAAGUAGCCGUUAAGACUGCAAAACGCCUCCUAAUGUCAAAUACAGGGCCGUCAGGGAACUUAAACCAUGACAGUUUCCUGCAGGCCAUGCUACAGCUGCGGAAUACGCCCGACCCAGACUGCAACCUCUCACCAUCAGAAAUCGUAUUUGGACGUCCACUUCGCGACACCCUAUCCUUCGCCAACAGAUUGGAGAAGUACUCUAAUCCUAAUGUUCGGCCACUCUGGCGCGAAGCAUGGACAGCAAAGGAGGAGGCCCUCCGCACCAGGAUGUCACGAUCUACGGAAUGUCUCAAAGCACACACUCGGCCUCUGCGUCCACUAUCGGUCGGCGACAAAGUCUUCCUACAGAACCAACAAGGGCCUCACCCAACCAAAUGGGACCGCUCUGGCACAAUAGUAGAGACAAGGACACAUGACCAGUACGUAGUAAAGGUGGAUGGUUCAGGACGAUUAACGCUACGAAACCGUCGAUUCCUUCGUGUAUACACGCCUGUAACACCACGAAUUGAAACAGAUCCAUUACCACAAAGACAACAAGACAANUGGGCAAAAGUUGUGCCGUCUAAAUCGGCCUUAACAAGAAAUUGUUAUGUCCUCUCAUUUGUACAAAUUUAG